AGCAGGUCCCACCAAUCAUCGGCCAGACAACUGCGAUAAGAGGCCCCUCUUUUUGCUGCCACGAUUGUCUUGAACGACUCCCCCAUUGCAGGCUUGGCGAUUUGGCUGCUACGUCAAGAUCUUGCCCAAUAGCAGCCCACCAGCCCCCUGCACGAGGCGUUGAGUCGGACCACAGAUGCUUCUUCUCUUCUCACCAGUGUCACUCUCUCCAACUCACAGUCCCGUCAGUCAGUCAGUGUGUGAGUGUCUGUCUCACAAGGGGUCGGUGAUCACUUUAGUCUGUUAUCAGAUCGCCGUAGUUACACUCAGGAGAACAUACAAAAUGCUGUGCUUUGGCCCGCGUGUUGCUCCGUGAAGUCUUUCCCCCUUCACACACACUUCAUCCAUCAGUGCUCCGCUUUGCGGCAACCUGGAACCACGCUUCUCGCUUCCCGGCUUCAGUCAGUCCUCUGUGCCGUCGAUCGGCGAGAUGUCGGUGCAGGAAUCCGAUAACCUGCCUCUCUUUGACUCCCCAUCGGCGUCCUCCAACAUUGGAUGACGGUCGACCGACUCUGGGCGGAAUCGCGUGUUGGAGAAGCAGACUUGAGCUUUUGUUGGGACGAGCCGCAAGUUCCUUUCUACUACCAAGGUACUACCUACAUCAUCCACCAUCCGACCGAGGGGAACGAGGCCUGGAGACUUGGAGACUUCUUGUCCAAAGACUUCAACAAAGGCUGGCCGACGCCGCAGCGCUGCAGACGGUGUCCAAAAGUAGGCGGAUGCACUGUGCAGCAUAACCAUCCCCUGCCACUCUCCCCUGCUCUGCCUGUGCCGACCCAGCGCCCGCCCGCCAAAUUCUGUGUGGUGCAAGGUGCGCUCUGCGCUUUGCCUCUCCCCACCGUGCGACACCACCCAGCCCACCCUACCCACCUUUUCUUUCACCACCGCAUCCAUCUCUCCAUCCUCGGUCCUCCUCCCGCCUCUUCGUUACUCGCUCCCCCAGUUCGCACCGGUCGACGACCUCAAUUCUUGAACUCUUCUUCUUGUUUGUUGUUCUUGUCAUUUUAGGCUUUGGCCACUGCCCGCUCCCUCCACCCAUCCCCCUGUUCCCCCCGUCCGUCGCCCCGUUCCCUGCCACCCACCAUGGCUGCUUAAUUGCAAAAGCCAAUUGCCCGUCCACCGCCAUAGCGAUCCACUCGUCCCGUCUGACACCGCUGUUCAGCAUGAAGGUUCCCCCAAAGAAUGACGUCCAGCCAGUUUUCCGCCAUGGAACCUCAGCAGCCACACCGUCCCCAUCACCGCCCGUCGUAUCCCCAACUUCACAACUUAUUCCAUCCCCUGCCGCCGAACAUCCCACACCGGACUGCCAGUAGCACUCCCGUAUCGUCGCCGGGACUCUUCAGUCCAAAUCAGCCCCGCCCCAACAUGUCACUCCCGCAGUCUCAGGUCGGCUCCGAGAGCACAACACCGGGCGGUCUGAAUAGCCCCUAUCUGCACCCGCUGCAGUCCCAUAAAGUUCGAGAAACCCACAAGGCGAAUGUCGAACACGAUGAAACAACGGGCCGAAAGUAUGUCAACAACUACGAAAUCAUUGAGGAGCUUGGCCGUGGCAUGCACGGCAAGGUCAAGCUGGCGAGGAACAUCGAGACACAGGACUAUGUCGCCAUCAAGAUCAUCCCACGCUUUUCCAAGAAGAGGCGGCUAGGAAAGGUCACCGCCAUGUCGACUCAGGACAAGAGCAAGAAGGAAAUCGCCAUCCUCAAAAAGAUUCGGCACCCGAAUGUCGUCGCCCUGCUCGAAAUCAUUGACGAUCCCGUACUGAAGAAGAUUUACAUGGUCUUGGAGCACGUCGAACUCGGCGAGGUCGUAUGGAGGAAGAAGGGUCUACCGCAUAUCUGCGCAUUCGAGCGCCGGCGCGUCGAGCGAGAGCAGCGCGGCGAGAAACCCACGCCUGAGGAGGAGCAUUACGAACACAUCUUGGAACAACGUCAGGCGUUGAAGAAUGCGAAGCGGGCGAGACAGCACUCUCGAUCACAAGCCAACCCAGCCGAUUACUGGAGCCUCGAGUAUGGUGUUGACGAAGACGACAUGGAAUAUUUCCCACAAUCACUCGGCAAGGACAUGCCAGAAGGCUAUGCUGGCCACGUGCCAUCAAGCCCGGACUCCUUUGGUGGAUCAAAAUUGACGUCUCGAGCUCCUUCGGGAACUAGACUCGCUAGUCUGAACGUAGCAUCUCGCACCGGAACCCCCGAGCCCUUCGACUUGGAAACGGCGUCGAUGAUUUGCAACGAGGACGAUCUCGAGACACCGGGGGCGAUCCGCUCCAACCCCAUGUCAGCAACGGUACUCGACGGGACCAUGUAUGGCGCCUAUCCAGACGAUCCAGCCUUCCGUGGGCGAUCACCGAGCAUGGCCGAUUCCAUCAUUUCGCACAUGUCUUCGAUUGACUAUAACAGAGUACAUGAUCCCUACGUGGACGAUUAUUCCUACGUACCGUGCUUCACCAUUGAGCAAGCGAGAAACACCUUCCGCGACACCGUUCUAGGCUUGGAGUAUCUUCACUACGAGGGUGUCGUGCACCGAGACAUCAAGCCGGCGAAUCUGCUGUGGACCAAGGACCACCGUGUCAAGAUUUCCGACUUUGGCGUUUCAUACUUUGGCCGACCUGUCCGCGAUGGUGAACCAGACGAUGCGGUAUCCGAGUCCGAAGCCCACGAUUUCGACGACGACCUCGAGCUUGCCAAGACGGUGGGCACACCCGCCUUCUUUGCGCCCGAGCUUUGCUACACAGAUGCGUAUGACGACAAGCCGGGAGCUCCGCAGCCCAAGGUGACGGAGCAGAUUGAUGUGUGGUCACUGGGUGUCACACUCUACUGCCUCAUCUAUGCUCGCAUUCCAUUCCUGGCCGAAGACGAAUGGCAAAUGUUCCGAAAGAUUGCCACGGAAGAGGUCUACAUUCCCGCUCGGCGACUCGCCCCAGUUGACCCAGCUACCAAGCCCGAUGAGAGAUCGCUAUAUACGAGAAUCAACAGACCGCCAUACCGUGAUGACGAUGUACUUCAAUAUGAGGAGGUGGAUCGGGAGCUUGUCGACUUGCUUAGGAAGAUGCUCACCAAGAAUCCCGAGAAGAGAAUUCGCCUUCGUGAUGUGAAACGGCAUCCAUGGGUGCUUCACGGCAUUCCCAAUAUCCUGGCGUGGCUCGAUGAUACCGAUCCGUCUCGACGCACAUCUGGACGCAAAAUUCAGGUUGACGAGAAGGAAGUAGCUCGUGCCGUGGUCCCCCUGACUUUGCUCGAGCGCGCCAGAUCGGCUGUCAAGAGGGCUGUCGGAAAGGUGAUGCAUCGUCAAGACCGAGCGGAGAGCGUCUCUUCACGCAGGCGGGCUACGAGCAGCGCCGCAAGCUCUGCGGGCGACAGCCCAAUCACACCCCAUCUGCGAGAAGGACGUCGCAAAAGCAUUCGUCCAGAUGAUUAUUUCACCAACUCGACACCACAGACUCAGCCCCAGAGCGAGCACCCCUUAACGCAAAGCGUGGUGGCCAGUCCGCUUAACAGCCCCCCCACGGAGCCGCAUCGCGAACCUACGCCCCGCCAGGUACUCGAGCUCGUGACUAAUAACCUCACUGCUCGCGAUGAACGGUGGCUUGCGUCGGCCUCGGCCUCACCUUACAGAUCACUACCUCGUCAUGGUCCCUCUCGAUCUGUCAACAACGCCUUCCUCAGCCUUACCCCCGGGCCCGGUGAGAUACGGACAAUGCCGCCAACCCCCUUGUUUGAUCCUGCGACCGAGGAUCCCAGCAGCGCCUUGCGCAAAGCCCGGGACAUCCGUCCCAUUACCGACGAUCUGGGCCGGGCAAGAUCUGUGGAUCGGGGGCUUUUCGCUAGCACCGAUAAGCGCGCCGAACCAAAGGUCUCGUUGAGCACGGCUAUGGCCCCAGGAAACAUGACUUGCACACAGAAGCCGCUCACCUCCCGCUCGGUUGAGGUUGCCAGAGACCUGGACCGUGAACGUGUUGCUCAGUCUCCCAUUCUGAGCGCGCUGGGAGGCUAUCACUAUCCCCAGCCAAAGUCGGACCCAAACAUUCAGAGACAGCGGUGCGCCGUAGAGCUUGACGAGAGGCCGCAGACGGCCCACCGCGUGGAAGACCUGCCCGAGGUAAAGACACCACAGCAACGCCAGCGACGGGUUUCCCUGUUGGAGCCGUCUCCAAGGACACAGUUCCCGUUGUGCCAGCCUACUCCUCCCAUAGCCGAAGUCGACCCCGCCCUCAUCCCUUGUCCUCCAUCGCCCGAGGACGAUGUGUUCCACCCCGAGCCCCUUUCACGAGGAGAGACCGUGGUGACGAUGAAAUCAUCUAGUUCGGCUUCCAUUGGCGCCUUGACGACACCUCUCACAAGCCCCAGCGAGGCGGCGAGCCCAGUCUAUGGAAUCAACUCGCAGCCUGCCAAGGAUGCUACAGAGCACAUGCUUGCCUUCCAGUCGGAUCCUUCCUUGCCGGCUCUUCUUAGCAGCACCAGCUCUGUUUCGGCCGACCUGGAGGGCGAAUUCCUCGGCAACCCCGGGGUUGUUGGUGGACACACGGUGAUUGACACAACCGACACAAUCACACCGCCAGCCUUUUCGAAAGAGCCAGCCUUGGGAUUCCCUCUCGAGGACCAAACCCGGAAGGAUAUCGUUAACCUCAGACUAGACGAGAGAGCCCGGCCAGCCAGCGCCAUGGAGACCAGCCGAGGCCGUCAAGUAUCGCGGAAUCACCACGCUGACCACCAUCAAGAUGAUGACAGUGACAGUGAUGAGGGACUGGUCAUGGCCAAAUCGAAGAAGCGCCACCCGCCUCGGGAGAAUCAGUCGGUGGGCCGGUUAAUCGUAACCACCCGCCGGAGAGACACCAACGCCAGUAUUGGCAGCACCGAAACUGCCAAGAAGAUCAUUGUCGAUGACGAGUGAGCCGGUCACUACAAGCGGGCGUGUUGCAAGAUACAUGGAUUGUUUCAAGGGAAAUUGCGGUCGAGUUUUUCUUUUUUCGAAUCUGUUUUUUCUCUUGUCUACGCGUUGUUCAAUCAUGGCAUUUACACGGGGCCCCGUGGGUGUUUUUACUAGACCUGUUGCAGACAGACUGCCAGCAUUUUUUUGCAAAGAAUUUCUUAUUUUGGGAAGGAAAUGGGGGGUGUGGGCGUUUUACAAGCAGUUUCUUUGAUGAGAAAGUUUGCAUUGAUUGGGAUGAACGAAGUGAAUGAGAGGGAUGGGUGAUGAUGAUGGACGAUGGGCCACACAGAUGAUUGGGGGAUGAGUGAGAGGGGUGCUCUCCCUGGUUUUCAAUCAUAGCAGGGUUUUUUAUUCUCUUGCAUCGGGGACAAAUGGACAAACACAAAUGGGUGGUGGGACAAGCACACAACAACAAUUGCACAUUGGGCGUUUUUUUCUUUCUCUUCUUUCAAGGGCAGAAACAAAAUGACAAGCACAACGAUCAGAAUCAAUCAAGAUAUUGAGAGUGUUUUUAUCCUUGAUUACUGAAACCCGCUCAGUUUUGUUACAAUACCUGGUUUUUUUCGGCUUUUUUUUUUCGAUUCAAGUGUAUAUUUUUACAACCCUUGCCCUGUAUGGUCUGUGAAGGGAAAGGGGGGCGAGAUUAUUUUUAUAUAGUGGUUGUUGUUGUUGUUGUUGUUGUUGUUGAAAGAAGAAGAUAAAUAUUGAUAUUCACAGUUGUGGUUGUUUGGGUGCUUUGUUACUAGAUUCUAUCUUUUCUGGAGGUGGUGUUUUACUCAUUCAUGCAUUGGAUUUGGAAAGGGGACAGGGGUAUGGAUCAUGGGUAGAUGGAUUGGGGGAUGUUGAAUUCACGCCUUUUGUGGUUUCAUGCUCUUGAUUGACUAUUGGCUGUUGAUGAUGGGUAUGGUGAUAUGCACGCCACGUAUUCAUGUGUUGCUUACUGUCUUUAUCGCGAUACACGCGGCAGGAAUAACACAUAGAUAGUAACCGGUAGGAGAAACCCCGGACCGAAACGGAGGCAUAGUAGAGGAUUGACGAUGACUGACUCCCCCUGACCCAAUGUGCUGGCUGGCUCCAUAGGAGGAGCCCCUGCGUGCAUGGGGCUAGGGUUAGACGACUGCUAUACAUACUAUUCCUCAUGAGAAGGGUGUCACGCACAGUGUGCGACAAACUGAAGGGCGGGUUGGGCCCCAAUCAGGCAAACCGGCUGGCUGGGCUAGGCUGGGCUGGGCUGCUGGGUGAGACGGGAGAGGAAGCCGGAUGGGUUUACGGUGCCUGAGUGGCGAUGUUGGCUUGUAGAAGAGGCGGUUUUUAGUUGCGUGACAUUCGGAAGCCGGCUGCCCGGCCGGGAGAGAGAGAGGCUCUCGGUCGUCGGGAGUGGGGAUUCGGGAAUGGGGGUCGGGACAUAGCUAGCGGGAACGGGAGGGAGCGGUGAGAUCUGAGGCAGGUGUUCUGGAUCCCUCUCUUUCCUUGCCCAUAUCCACUUUGGGGGUUGGAAAAUGCGUACAGAGUGGUAGUCUCGUGAUCGAACAGGUGUGAGAAAUGGUGGCAUGUGACAGUCACACUGACAACGACAAGGUAAAAGGUGAGGCUUGUGGAGGGGGGAGGUAUUAUCUAUUGCAUCUUAUCAGAGAUAAUGAUAAGAUCCUUGCCAAGGAAGGAAAAGCUUAGGUAAACGUUGA